AUGUUAAUUAGAACAGCUACUACUUAUAUGAUGCUUCAUUCUAGUACUCCUAAAUAUCCAAUAACAAGGGAAUUUUUUAGAAAGUUGUUUUCAUGUACUCUAUUUGAUAUUUUACAUUCUUAGCUAAACCACAAGAACCUAAAGAAUAAUUACUUUAAUCACCUGAUAUGAAAACAUUUGCAGCUCAUAUAAAAUAGAUGGAGUAAAUUCCAUCUUAGAAAGAAUAAAACUUGACAGUUUUUAAUAAAUUAAAUAUUGGUUUUUCAAUAUUUAGAAAGUAUUUUAGAUACUUUGUAUACUUUUUUUUUAAAAUGGUUUACCUCAUAUUAGAUGAAUACAAGAGAUUUAUAAUAUUUGGAAUAAUAUUCUAUUUUUUGUGA